AUGGUUGCCCAAGCCCAAGCUAUUUCCGUGUCCCUCCAUGACCUUAAAGAUGGCAACAUCUCUUUUGAUACACUCAAGAAAGCUUUUGGUCCAGACUCUUUGGGAAUUCUCGUUGUAAAAGACGUUCCAGAAGAAUUCUCUGAACUUAGACAUCAAGCUCUUUCCUAUGCCUCAUAUCUCGGCAACCUGCCCAAAGAGGAACUCGAAAAGCUGGAAAAUGCUCGAGCAAAAUACCUAACUGGCUGGUCUCUCGGUAAAGAAACCCUGAAGAAUGGCCAGGUCGACACUUUCAAGGGUUCCUACUACGCCAAUUGCGCAUUCUACAUCGAUCCAUCUCUUGAAUGCGCCAAACCCACAGAGGACUUCUCCAUCGACACGUUCCCAGAGUACCUGUCCCCGAACGUCUGGCCUGCAGAGAAUAUCCUCCCAGGUUUCAAGCCCUCCGUCACCUCCCUGUGUCGUCUCAUCAUCGACGUGGCUGUCUUGGUCGCCCGCGCGUGCGAUCGCUUUGCGCAGGAGGACAUCCCCGGUUACCCAGCUGGAUAUCUAGAGCACGUCGUGAGCACGUCUAACACCACCAAGGCACGUCUGCUACACUACUACCCACAAGAAUCCGACCCUGCUGCGAACGGCGGCGACGAGGAUGAUUGGUGUGCCACGCAUCUGGACCACGGAUGUCUAACUGGUCUCACAUCUGCCAUGUUCAUCGACGAGCACAAGACCAGCCCUGCCGUACCAGACGUUACAAACCUGAACGGAGCGUCUCUACCGCCUCUCGAAGAGCUACCCUCGUCCCCUGACCCUUCAGCUGGCUUGUACAUCAAGUCCCGCACGGGCGAGACUGUUCAGGUCAAGAUCCCUCGUGACUGCAUCGCCUUUCAGACCGGCGAGGCUCUUGAACGUAUUACAGCUGGUCGUUUCAAGGCGGUGCCACACUUUGUCAGAGGCGUGAGACCUGAUGUUAGUGAUGGAAAGGUUGCACGUAACACCUUGGCUGUGUUCACUCAGCCCAACUUAGGCGAGGAGGUUGAUAUUGAGCAACAUCUCACAUUUGGAGAAUUCGCCCGCGGCAUUGUUGAUAAGAACACGGUAUCAUCGUAG